CAAACAACCCAGCUUCGGUAGGUACCUGCCUACUAAUUUAAUCCGUACCUAGGUACCACAAACCGCCCCAACCUUGCUCCAAGACGGCCAUAGCUCUUCUUAUCGGGCCAUAUCAACUUUCCCAAGCUUUGGAUUCGGCAUCGCAGCUUCUCCCUUUGGCAUUCCUGUUCCCUUCGGUAUCCCCCACUAUCGUUUUUGACUUUGGAGCGCCGAUCACUGUCCUCCAACCUCCUCUUUAAUCGCCAGUUCUCAUUCCUUCCUCACGCCACGCUUGGAUUCCACAGAACGAGGGAAAAGACCAAAACCCCCACCACAUCCCACCUCCAGCUAGCCCAUCCACAGCUGUUCACCACUCACUCACUCCCUUAUCGAAAGCCCAUACGACGUCGUCUCAUUACGCGAACCCCUUAUUUGCAGCCCUGCCGCAUUUCAGAAUGACUUUGACCGCUGCCGCGCCGUGGGCGCUGUCCUUUGCGCAGCGCCAGGUCGACCGUGCCGUCUCUCCAGAUUCCCGACGGCGUGCGUGGGAUGGCAUCACGGCCUUUGCUGUUGCGCGCCCGCUGCUAUUCACCUUCCUCUCCCUAAACCUAGCCCUCUCCUCAGGCCCCCUCCUCCUCUUCGUCUCCUUCGUCCUCCUGACGACCGUCCUCGCCCUCGGCGCCGCCCUCGCCUUCGUCCUCUUCUGGACCGGCGCCGCCCUUCUCGUGCUCGCCGCCGCGCUCUCCGCCUCGGUCGCCGCCGCGACGUGCCUGUGGCUCUGGUGCUUCGCCGCCUACGUCGUCGGCCAGCGGGUGUUGUUGUUCGGGCGGGGGGCCGCGGCCGAGACGGCCGAGGAGACCGUGGCUGGUGCCGGGACUGCUGGUACGAGGGGAGAUGGUAGUAGUGGUGGUGGUGGUGCCGCCAGUGACGGUCACGAGGGCGAGGGCAAGGGCGUUGAUCACCCCUACCGGACUGUGCGGAUCAUCAACAUGGGCGAUGGGGCAGGUGGAGACGAGGUGAAGCAACAGGAUGGCCAGCAGGAGGAGACGCAGAAGGAUGAGGAGGGAACGGUCCAGGACACGGAGCAGGACACGGAGGACACGCAAGAUACACAGGAUACAGACCAGGACACAGACCAGGACACAGACACCACGCAAGACUCGCAGGAGACGCAGCAGGAGGCCCACCAGCAGCACAGCGAUAGUGGCGCCCCGGUCGAGAAGCGGACCCUAUAGGACAGUACUCGCUACGUCAACGGUGUCCCCUCGCCCUAGUUCUGGCCCAACGCUGCGCCUUGACCGACGGGGCCUUUGCGAGUCAUGCGUCGCCCACCAGGCCUGUCUACCUUUUUUCUUUUUUUGCUUUGCUUGGGGGCGCACAAGAGGUAUAUGGGAUCGAUUAAGGGA